AUGAAGCGCACACCCGAAGCAGUCACUGAAAUAAUAAAAACACACCUCGAGGCAAACGGCCAUAAAAUCGCGAACGACAGUGAAAAUUGGUGCAUUAAAAAAUCGAGUCUAGGCGGCCUGGGAGUAUUCGCGACAAAAAACAUCCAACCAGGUGAUUUUAUCUUCAAAGAUUAUCCUGUAAUAAUUGGGCCAAGGUCGAAAAUCAACAAGGAUGUCUGUGUUGUUUGUUUUAAAGAUGAACCGAUUUUGUGCUCAAGAAAUUGUCACCUACCGGUGUGCUCAAAAGAAUGUGAAAAUUCCAAAAUUCACUUGCAAGAGUGCGAGUUGAUACGGAAAUGGUCGCAAAAGAAAUGUGAAAGUGGUUAUAAUAACUUAAUAAAGUACAUAACGCCGAUAAGAACGUUAUUUUUAAGUGAAAACGAAGAAAAAAUUGUGAAAUCUCUACAGGGACACAAAGGUAGUCAGCAUGGAUUUGAAGUAGAUGCGUUAAGCUACAAAUACGGCAUGGUAUUUAGUAAGGAAGAGGAACAUUUUAUGAAAUUGGCCUGCAGAGUUAUGGAUUCCAACGCUUUUGAAGUCAUUAUUGACGAUAAAGACAACCAAUCAGGUGUGCGAGGCUUAUACCCGCUAAGCGCUCUGUCCAACCACGAUUGCUCCCCAAACACCUUUUACACAUUCGACAAGGACCACUGGAUGAUAUUAAGGGCAUCCAAACCAAUACAAACGGGAGAAGAAAUAUGCAACACAUAUGUAAAGAGACUAUGGGGUACCCUCAACCGAAAAUUAAUGCUUGAAAAAUCCAAACAUUUUUCUUGCACGUGUAAGAGGUGCAGGGAUCCUACCGAGUUUGGGUCCUAUGUGAGUGCCAUGAGGUGCUCUUUUUGCAAGGUUGGAUUUAUUCUACCGAUAAAUCCGUUGGAUAUCAAUUCCAGUUGGAUUUGUGAUGUGUGUGCGAGUAAGACAAAUUGUCAAAAAGUUGGUAAAAUAUUGUCGCUGCUUGGAAAUACGUUGGCUAGUUUUGGAAACGAUGAUGUGGAAAUUAUGAUGAGAUUUUUGAAUGGCAAAUUAUUGGAUUUCGUUCACGUUAAUCAUUACAUUGUCUUGGAACUUAAAUGUAAAGUUAUUUUUAUUUUGGGAAAUAGAAAAAAUUAUGAAUUACAAAAUAUCUCAGACAGUUUAUUGGAAUUAAAACAUCAAUACUGCAGGGAUUUCUUAAAUCUUACUGAAAAACUACGGUUGGGAUACUUUACAUAUAGAGCCCAAAUUAUUUCGGAAUUAGUUUCCACAUUAAAAGAGGAGAGUCGAAGAAAAAAUAACACAAAAACUGAGGAAAUGGACAAGGAAAUUAAUAUGCUAUUAAAUGAUUUAUAUUUAGUUUCACAAAAUGAAUUUUGUUCGGAUAAAUAAAAUCAAUUGAAUAAAACUU